AUGUGUGGAAGGAAGUAUGUAUAUACUCUAGCAGCAAUAACAACAUUGAACUUAGGAUCGGGGAAUUCACCUACACCUCCAGUCCUCACAGUUCCACCUGAGUCCUCAACUUCAUCUUCCACAUCAUCACCAGCAACAACUUCAUCAUCAACAUCAUCCACCACCUCAUCCACCUCUUCAACUUCCUCAUCCUCAUCGACAGGUCAGUCAGCUACCUCAACAUCAUCAGGUGGUCUGCUGACAGGUCUACUAGGAGGCGGCACAGGAUCAGGAGGUGGAUUAACAUCACUACUUGGAACUAUUGGAGGCGGAGGAACAGGCUCGAUCGUCACGAUCAAUCUAUCAUCAGAUUCCACUACAUCAUCACCCAAGAAUAAUACAGUACAGGUAUACACACCGAAUUGCAAUGGUACGACCUGCCCCAAUGGAACAUGUGUUGUAAAUGCCACCUCAUGCUCAGUCGACUCUGCAACUCAGAGAUGUCCAACUACAACACCAUAUCGUUGUGAUGAUGGUACAUGUGCCACUGAUACCUCAAUGUGCACAUCGAGCAACUCUACAAAAUGUGAAUAUACAUGUCCGAAUGGCAAAUGUGCACCAUGCGAGAGUUUCGAUGGAUGUCCACUAUCACAACCAUAUCAAUGUCCCAAUGGACUAUGCGCCAAGUCUCAAUCAUAUUGUCAAAGAUGUGACAAUGAUCAGCUUAGAUGUUUUGAUGGAUCAUGCUUAAAUCCAUGUCCAGAUCCACCAUAUUAUUACAAGCCUAUCCCUAUUGAAACAUCGAUACCAAUCAAUACUGUCCAGACACUCAUACCGGUCAACUCUUAUAGUAAUCCAUCAGACUAUUCAACUAGUCAGAAGAAUGUAUUGGAUAUCACAAUUGAACCAGAGACAUUCCCCGCCAACACUUCAUUCUCAGUGUUGCCCGUCGCAGAUUCUUACGUGGAGACAAUCACCAUUGGCAGUGACAUUGCAUUGCUGGACACUGCAUUCCAACUCAAUAUGUUGUCCUCUGUUAUCAACAUUACAGCUGUUCACCAAGGUAUCGAGCAGACCAAGUUUGACAAGAGAGUCAAGUUGACCUUCAAGUUGACUAUCAAUAUGGGAGUGCAGCCUCACAACGUGUGUCUGGCCUACAUUGACGUCAUGAGCAAUCGAUGGGUGUGCAUACCUGGUGCAGUCGAGUCUGUCGUGGAUGGACAGGUCACAACCUAUACCGAUCAUUUCACUUCAUUUGCAUUGUUGACUACGAUGAAUGGAGAUGGCAGUGGAAGCGGAAGUGGCAAUGGCAAUGGCAACGAAGGUGGAAUACUAUCAAUAUUCAAUGACAGAAGGAUAAUGUAUGGACUGAUAGCAGGAUGCUUUGGACUAGUGAUCGUUGUACUUGUGGUCGGAGUACUAUUACACUAUCGUAGCAAACAUGGAGGUGUACGUCGUUGGCUGGUAGUCAGACGUGGCAAGUCACAGCAAAGACUUGACAAGUCCACCGAUUCAAUCUCUUCCUCAACAUCAUCAUCUCCAUCAACCUCGCCACCAUCUACACCUGCACGCAGUACAUCAUUCAUCAUCAAGAUUGUAUAA